AUGAGCGCAUUGGCAGCCGCCCGCUACGGCAAGGACAAUGUCCGCGUGUACAAGGUGCAUCGCGAUGAGAAGACGGGAGUGCAGACAGUGGUGGAGAUGACGGUGUGUGUGCUGCUGGAGGGGGAUAUCGAAACCUCCUACACCAAAGCCGACAACAGCGUGGUAGUCGCAACAGACUCGAUCAAGAAUACCAUCUACAUCACAGCAAAGCAGCAGCCGGUGACGCCGCCCGAGCUCUUCGGGUCAAUCCUGGGCACGCACUUCAUCGAGAAAUAUGGACACAUCCACGCGGCGCACGUCAAUAUCGUGACGCACCGCUGGGUGCGCAUGGACGUCGACGGCAAGCCGCACCCGCAUUCGUUUGUCAAGGACAGCGCCGAGACGCGCAACGUGCAGGUCGACGUCGUCGAGGGCCAGGGCAUCGACAUCAAUUCCGCCAUCCAGGGCCUGACCGUGCUCAAGAGCACCAACUCACAGUUCUGGGGCUUUAUCCGCGACGAAUACACCACCCUCAAGGAAACCUGGGACCGGAUUCUCAGCACCGAUGUCUCGGCUAGUUGGCAGUGGCGCCGCUUCGCUCGCCUUGCGGAUGUCCAGGCGAAUGCGGCCCAGUUCAAUCCCGCCUGGGAGGCGGCCCGCAGCAUCACCCUCAAGACCUUUGCUGAGGAUAACAGCGCUAGUGUGCAGAAUACGAUGUACAAGAUGGGCGAGCAGAUUCUCGCUCGGGUCCCGCUGCUCGAGACUGUCGAGUACUCGUUGCCCAAUAACCAUUACUUUGAAGUCGAUCUCAGCUGGCACAAGGGUACCAAGAACACUGGCAAGGACGCCGAGGUGUACGCGCCGCAGUCCAACCCCAACGGUCUCAUCAAGUGUACCGUGGGCCGCUCCGGCCAGAAGGCCAAGCUGUAG